AAGAUUAUAUUGUUAACUUUGGUACACCUGUAAACAUUGUAUCAUUAUAAUCAUAAAUGUUAUUUUAUUAGCUGUAACAAUGGACUGGAAAUGAAACAUUACUGUAAAAGUUGGAGAAAUAGGAGAAUUCACCUCAGAUAAAAUUAUUAUUAAGUGUAGGAGUUAAUUUCUCAAGGCUUUAUGUUUCAUUGUUGUGGUGUUUGUACAGGAAUAUCAGCAGGCUACACAGUGCUGGAUGAAAUGUUCCAGGAGAUAAAACUCAUGUGUUUGUCUUUUGCUCUUUAUCAUAUUCAUCACACCAACAUUGAGAGCACAAUAAAGAGCAAUAUUAGACUGUUUCAAAGACGAAGGAGACCAGAACACCAGGGCCACCUUCUCCAAAUGAAGGACAUGAUGAGGUGGAUAAUUCUAGUGAUCAUUUUAACUCAUCUAACGCCAUCUAAUCCAGGUCCAAUCUCACUAUUUUCACCAUCCAACUCUGAGGUAACUUCUGGAAAGACGCGUCUACACUGGUCAGCAGAUCUGGAUGGAGAACAGGGACAAGAGAAAGUUGUGUUUGACUGCGACGGUGAAAGUCUGACUGUUGAGUUUUCUCCAAAUCAACAUACUAAUCUGUACCUUCUCAUUGAUGACAAGCCUCUGGUUUCCCUCAGACAUCUGCUGCAGGAGUGCAGUCAUGUGGAACUCCAGCCCACCUCAUUGAUCAGAAUCUACUACACAGGCUGCUUCCUGCAGGACUGGGUUGGGCGAAACACACAGUACUCACUGAAACUGGGCUUCUCUAUUAGAACCCUGAACGAGGACAACAUUACACCUGAAACCUGCCCAGCAUCCACAUCUGGACCCCAUCUACCGGUUCCUGCAGUUACAUGUGGAAGUAAGGAUGUCAUCGUGAAGCUGCCGGCUAAUGAGCUGAAAUAUGCUCAAAUCAUAGAGCUGGAUACACCAUCAUUGGGAGAGAGGGAUACGUCUAAAGAACCUGGUUUAACACAAGAGAGAGCUAAAGACUUCCUGGUUAUUACCGUGAUCGACCCCAGAAUGGAGGACCAUGUUGGACUUGUGCUGCAGUACACUGAUGUAACAAAUGAAUUGUAUACAGCAAAAGUAUUUUGUACUCAGUAUCAUACUAAACCUCGAUCAAAAAGAGAAACAGAGGACCUCACUUCCACUUCUUCACUUCUUUCAAUUAUUACUGAUCUCAGUGUAAUAACCAAUGAACCAACCUCCACGGUACCAACAACAAGCUGCUCAGGUACUGAGAUUUCAACCACUGAAAGUGAAACAAGAACCACAUCAGCAGCAACAUCUGCAAAGAUGACCUCACGACUUGCAACUGCUAUUGGUCUUAGUGCAUCAAAUGAUGAAACAAUCUCCACAGUACAUUCACCAAUAAGCUGCUCAGUGCCUACACCAUCAUCACCUCAAGACCUCUUCUGUAGCAAUUUCAAGUGCAACAACUACUAUGGGAGCCAAAACAUCUACAACUACAGGUGCAGCAACUUCUGCAGAACCAACAACAACAAGCAGCACAACUACUGCAAAGACAACUUCAGUACCUGGAUCUCCUACUGUUGA